CUUGAAUUGGGUCUUUAUACUCUUUCCGCUGAAGUGCUCGGAUUAUAUCUGUGAAUUGUGUCGUCCCUCUCUCUUUCAAGAAUGGCUGUUAUUUUCUCAGAUCUGCACUCCGAGUCCGGUCUUAAGGCUCUAGAAGAGUAUCUUUCCUGCAAAUCUUACAUUUCCGGAAGUCAGUUGACGAAAGAUGAUGUGAAAGUCUAUGCGGCUGUUUUGAAGAAACCUGACGGUGAUCUCUACCCCAAUGCUAGCAAGUGGUAUGAAGCUGUUUCGGGAAAGCUUGCUUCAAGUUUCCCUGGAAAGGCUGUUGGAGUAAGCAUCGGAGGCAGUCCAGCCGCCCCUGCCGAAGCUGCAUCUGAGAAAGUUAAGCCAUGUCUUUGUUCCCAGGAGCCCGCCGCCGAAGACGACGACGAUGAUCUUGAUCUCUUUGGAGAUGAGACUGAGGACGACAAGAAGGCUGCUGAAGAGAGGGCGGCUGCUGCAAAGGCCUCCACGAAGAAGAAAGAGAGUGGGAAAUCAUCGGUUCUUUUAGACGUAAAGCCAUGGGAUGAUGAGACAGACAUGAAGAAGCUGGAAGAGUCUGUUCGAAGUAUUCAGAUGGAAGGCCUGCUGUGGGGAGCAUCGAAAUUGGUCCCUGUUGGUUAUGGUAUUAAGAAGCUGCAGAUCAUGCUCACCAUAGUCGAUGACCUUGUCUCAGUGGAUUCACUGAUAGAGGAGCAACUCACGGUGGAGCCUUGCAACGAAUAUGUCCAGAGCUGCGACAUCGUUGCCUUCAACAAAAUCUAAGGUCCAUGCCCCUUUGAGCCUUCUAUUGGCCGUAAUUUUGGAUUUUAUAUUGGGUUCUUGCAUGAAGUUUGUGUUUCUUGUGUCAAGACAUUGGUGAUUUUACUCUUGUUUGCCAAUCUAUUACGGUAUCAUUGCCUUUGAUGGAUGGAAUGGGAUUCUUAUCAUGAUUUAAAUGACUUGUAGUGAUGACCAAAAGUGUUUUUAUUUAUCUUCGUUAAAUAUUGGGUUUGUUUGUUUAGUCUUUUAAAGCAAAGUAAUUUUUUUAAGAUAUGGAGAAUUUCGUAGAUGAUAUAAAAGAUAAUAUUUUGUAUUGAA